AUGUUGCUGGUGUUUUUGCUCUUUUUGCCGCUGCUGGCAACGGCCAAUUCAUGGCACAGCUUAUGGUAUGAACUCGGUCUUUUCGGGGCCCAUCCUACCAUUAGCUAUGAAUCCUUCGAUCUCGAAAGCCCAGAGGUUAAUAUCCUGCGAUGGGAUCCGCGCUGCGAGGAGGGUUAUGUUCUUUUAAGUCCCCGUGGUCAUUUCUAUCCGGAACCGGGGCCAUUGAUAUACGAUAACAAGGGGAAUCUGGUUUGGAUCGAGAAACGAUUUGGCAUGAUUAUGGAUUUGAAUUCCCAGCGGUACAAGAACCAGGAUUAUCUCACUUUUUGGGUCGGUGAUGAUGAUGGAACGCGUGGACUAGGCUCAUAUUACAUGCUGGAUUCGUCCUACGAACUAGCCCAUGUCGUUUCUGCAGCAAAUAAUCAAACAGGCGAUGUUCACGACUUUAAAAUCACCGAGCAAGGAACCGCUCUUAUGACCAUUUACGAAAUCUACCAGAUCGAUCUUUCAUCCAUGGGCAAGUCCUCCGAGGGAUGGAUCUACGAUGGCCUUUUCCAGGAAAUAGACAUUGAAACGGGCGAACUUAUCUUCGAAUGGAGGGCCAGUGACCACUAUGCGCUGGAGGAAACCUAUUUCGAUAUCAAGGACAAGGGAUCUGCGCCCACCGCCGGCGAAGCCUGGGAUUACUUCCAUAUCAACAGUAUCGACAAGGACGCCGAUGGCAAUUACCUCGUUUCAUCGCGUUACAUGCACACGGUUACCUGCAUCAGUCCCUCGGGCAACAUUCUGUGGAUUCUCGGCGGAAAGCGAAAUAUGUUCAAGGAUCUAUCCAAUGGAAUGGCCACCAGUUUCACCUGGCAACACGAUGCCCGCUGGCGUUCCAAAAACGUCAUUACACUGCUGGACAAUGGCUCCAACGAACACGAGCGAACGUCAGACCACACGCGCGGCUACAUGAUCGAGCUGGAUUUCGAAAACUGGACCGCCAAAACCCUGCACGUCUACCACAGCCCUGGAAAUUUCCGCAGUCAUUCCCAAGGAAACCUACAAGUUCUACCCCGGACAGGAAACAUCUUCAUUGGCUGGGGUAAGCCAUCGGCAUACACGGAAUUCAGUGUAGACGGCGAGGUUCUGUGUGAUGCACACUGGGGCCCAUCCAUGUUCUUCUGGUUCGGGUGGAUCAAGUCCUACCGCGCUCAGAAGGUCAUGUGGGUUGGCCGGCCUAGUUACCCACCAGACCUUGAGGUCGAUGAUGAUCUGCGCUCGGCAUAUGUUAGUUGGAACGGCGCGACAGAAAUAGCAGGCUGGGUUCUGCAACGUGCGAGUGUUCCCGAUGCCGAGGACAGCGAUUUUGAAACCGUCGACUACGUGCCCAAGAGCGGGUUCGAAACACGAUUCGACUUGGAGACAAAUUAUGGUUAUCUCCGUUUUGCGGCCGUCGACAUUAACGGACAGGAACUUGGAUAUACCAGAACAUUUGAAGGACGUCCGAACCAUAUGUAUAACAUCGAUAUCCAUCGACGCCCGAAGUCCAUCGACAGACAGAUUACACCCCUUAAUGCAUAUCCAAUCCACCUAUCUACUCGCCUCGUCUCGCCUCACCUUAGCUCAACCUACAACGCAGCCCCCAGUCCCGCCACCACGGCGGCAGCCACUAACGUCCCCGCUUCAAUGUUCAACCCGGCCGCUGCGCCUUUGGAAAAGUUGGUUCCAGACUCGGUGGCGGCGGAGGUGGUCGUUGAAGCGGCGCUGGGUGGGAGGGUGCUGGUAGGGGUGGCGGCGGACAAGGUGCUGGUGUUGAGGGCGGAGUUGGCUUCGGCGGCGCUACAGUAG